AUGGAUGAUAAUUUAUCAAAGGAACAAUUUGAUCUGAUUAGGAAGAUUCUGAGAGAGAAGCCUGCUCAAGAAGAGAGGCCAUUGAAAAGAAAGAAAAGGCUAACAAGGAGUUCAACUGUUAAUCGGAUUGACAAAAAUGAUGGGAAAGUGGUUGUAAUAGACCUGGAUGCUGAACCUGUCGAUAAAGAGGUUUCAACUAUUGUCGAACAAGAGCCUAUCGUGCUAAGUAGUGGCGAUGAGCAUACCAAUGAUAAGAAUCUUAAUCUAGAUGGAGAUGAGGAUAAUAGUAUUGCCACCUCUCUAUAUGGUUAUGAUGAUGAUGAUGAUGAAGAUGACUUCGAUUCAGAUGAAUUCGAAGAUGUUAUAGAUUCCGAGGAACUAGACACAGGUCAAGAUAUUUCAAUCACAAUUGACACCGACAAAUAUAAGAACCAACAAUCAGUUUCAAAAAGGAAACGAAAUGUAGAGAGAAACGUAUGUAGCAAUGAAGAAAGAAAGAGCCGUAAAGAUGAUCACAAAUUGUAUCUAAUAUGCUGCCUAGUGUCAGGUUACAUAAGAAAUGGGUGGAUUAAUAGUCCAAAGUUAUAUAAAAGGUUAUCGAAAUUGAUUCCAGAUAAAAUCUUCGAAUUAUUACAUCCUAAAAAGGAUGAAGAGAUGCCUUUAAGAAGUACCAGAAAGCUCCUAGAUGGUUUGAAAAAAGCUAUGGAAAUUUGGCAAAAGCAUUGGAAGAUAAUGAAAAAUUAUGAAAAUGUUAGUUAUUAUAUGAGAUUGUGGAAUGAGAUACGAGAACCAAAAAACUCGAAAUCAAAAACAAUCAUUAAACAACAGUUCAUCAAACAGAUACUUAAAGGUAUUGGAGAUCAUGAUCUUGCUGCACAAGGUUUUGUUGCAUUAUUAAGGUCCUGUGAACUAAAUGCAAGGUUAGUGAUGUCUUGUCAGCCGCCAGAUUUCACUAAUCUAAAAAAAUCUGAACCACUUUCUAAAGUUCAAAUGAAUGAGGAAAUUACAAAAUUUCCAAUAUUUUGGUGUGAAGUUUGGGAUAAAUUUGGAAAAAAAUGGAUUACUAUUGAUCCAAUAAAUUUUAAGACGAUAGAACAAGUAAGACUGCAUUCAAAACUGGAACCAAAAGGUGUAGAAGCCUCAAAACGAAAUAUAAUGAGAUAUGUUAUUGGAUAUGAUAGAAAAAAGGGAUGUAGAGAUAUAACAAGAAGGUAUGUGCAUUGGUAUAACUGUAAAUGUAGAAGAAAGAGGAUUACAAAAGAUGAAGAUGAAGAAAUUUGGUAUCAUAAGUUAAUAGAUUCUCUCCAUAAAAGAAAAAGAACUAAGAUCGAUGAUUAUGAAGAUAUUUAUUUUGAUCAAAGAGAUCAAGACGAAGGUAUGCCAGAUAAUAUACAAGAUUUGAAAACUCACCCAUUAUACAUCCUAGAACAAUCGCUAAAACAAAAUCAAAUAUUACGUAGUGGUUGUAAAGAAUGUGGCUUCCUAAAGCUUCAGAACAAAACUAAGGGCGUUUUAAAGGUUUAUCUACGUUCAGAUGUUAUAGAUUUAAAAAGUUCGAGGGAGUGGUAUAUGAAAGGUAGGAUUCUGAAAAAGGGUUCUAGGUGUCUCAAGAAAAUCAAAAAAAGGAGAUUUAAUCCCAUUGAAGGAUCUGAUGAUGAAGAAAGACUAUAUCCAUAUGAAGACACAGAGAUGUAUAUUCCUCCUCUGGCUAAUGAAGAUGGUGAAAUAGUAAAAAAUGCUUUCGGAAAUAUUGAAGUAUUUACACCAUCGAUGAUACCCCAGAAUUGUUCAUUAAUUGAAAGUCCAGUUUCUAUUAAGGCUGCAAAAGCUAUAAAUGUACCAUUUGUUAAAGCAGUCACAAGUUUUAAGUUUGAGAAAGGUAAUAAAGCAAAACCAGUUAUCACAGGAGUUGUCGUUGCAAGUUGGUUUAAAGAUGCAGUUAUUUCUGCAAUCGAUGCAAUUGAGUAUUCUGAAGAACAAGAGAAGAGACAAUCAGAAGAACUAAGGGCUCUAAAGGAAUGGAAUAAAUUGUUGCUAAAACUAAGAAUAAAGAAUGAUUUGAAUGAAUCAUAUGGUAAAAUCAUCGAGACUAGAAAUUCUGAUACAAAUAAUCGUGAUAAUGAUAUUGAGAAGGAAUCUGAAAGUGGUGGAUUCAUCAUACCAGAAAAAAUGACAUUAGAAGAGGAUCAUGGUGCUGUACAUAAUAGCAUGGAUGACAAUUCAGAAGAUGACACACCUAUGGGAGGUUUUUUACCAGCACAGAACCCUGCGCUCAAAGAAAAAGAUCGGGAUAUGGAUACAGAAACUCAUUAUUUAUCAGAAGAGGAGGGGGGAUUUCUUCCAAGGAGUCCUGAAAUAAUCGAAUAUGGGGAUGUUAAAGAUAAUAUCAAUUCAGAUACAGAUGAUUAUCAAAAUCAAGAGAUCUCUGAUCGAGACCCUGUCUCUCCUUCAAAGGACGAAAAUGAUUACAAUGAUUUCAUGGAUGAGAUUGGAUUCUAA